UGCAUAACAAAAAGUAAUGGCCAUCUAUUUGAGUCCUGAAGAAGGAGGGAUAUUUCUGGUCGGACUACCGUAAGGGCGAUUGACUUCUCUUCAUGUAAGUGCGUACGUUUUCCUUUUUUCUGUUGGUGAAAUCGAGUUGAGCCUCAACCAUUUUUCCACUGGAUGGCCGUUGGAAACGGUCGCUAAACGCUUAAUAAGCUUUUCGGGGUUAAAGCAGCCAGCUAGCCGCGCUAACGUUAGCUACUACCAGCGCUGCUGGGAGAGCCAACGUCUGGGAAGGGCGUGCGACUUGGACGUUUUCUCCCCAAGUCUCUUCACAUCUUAUUUUGUUAAUUUGGUGCAACGCGAGUCCUCUCUCCCCUCAAAGCUAACCCACGCUGUCUGCGUGGAGGGGACACACUUCACAAGAGCAUGACCACCCCGACCCAAACGGCGACCAGAGAGGAUUAAAAGCGACUCUGUCUUGAUGGGGGGAAAGUUGAGCUGAGGAUUAACAACUUGGGAUAAACCGAAGGGAGGUUUCAAGUCUUACCUGGUAUACAGGGCGUGCUAAAACCGCAGUGAUGGAGUCCACAGUUGUGAGUACGUCCAAUCUGGCCCCCGAUGAGUUUGAUAGGAACAUGCCGCGGAUCUGCGGCGUGUGUGGUGAUAAAGCAACCGGCUUCCACUUCAACGCCAUGACCUGUGAGGGUUGCAAGGGUUUUUUCAGGCGCAGUAUGAAGCGCAAGGCGGCCUUCACGUGUCCCUUUAACGGCAGUUGCACCAUUACCAAGGACAACAGGCGUCACUGCCAGGCGUGCCGGCUCAAACGCUGUGUGGACAUUGGCAUGAUGAAAGAGUUCAUUCUGACGGAUGAGGAAGUGCAGAGGAAGAAGGACCUAAUUCAACGGAGGAAGGAUGAGGAAGCACAGCGCGAAGCGGACAAGGAGGCGCGGCGCCCACGGCUGAGUGACGACCAGAGUCAGGUCAUUGCCACGCUGGUGGAUGCCCACCACAAAACCUAUGACGACUCCUACUCAGACUUCUGCCGCUUCAGGCCUCCUGUCCGUGAAGGUCCAGUGACUCGUAGUGCCAGUAGAGCUGCCUCUCUCCACUCCCUGUCUGAUGCCUCCUCUGACUCCUUCAGUCACUCUCCAGAGUCAGUAGACACCAAAAUGAACUUCAACAACCUGCUGAUGAUGUACCACGAGCAGGGCAGUAGCCCUGAUUCCAGCGAGGAAGAGGGCUCCAGCUUUUCUAUGCUGCCCCACCUGGCUGAUCUGGUCUCCUAUAGCAUCCAGAAGGUCAUUGGCUUUGCCAAGAUGAUUCCUGGGUUCAGGGAGCUGACUGCGGAGGACCAGAUUGCCCUGCUCAAGUCCAGCGCCAUUGAGGUGAUCAUGCUGCGCUCAAAUCAGAGCUUCAACCUGGAAGACAUGUCCUGGAGCUGUGGUGGGCCUGACUAUAAAUACCAGGUCAGCGACGUCACCAAAGCGGGCCACACUCUGGACCUGUUGGAGCCACUGGUAAAGUUCCAGGUGGGCUUGAAGAAGCUCAACCUGCAAGAGGAGGAACAUGUGCUGCUGAUGGCCAUCUGCUUGCUUUCUCCAGACCGCCCCGGGGUGCAGGAUCACGCACGGGUCGAAGCCCUCCAGGACCAACUGUCCGAGACCCUGCAGGCCUACAUCCAGCUUCACCACCCAGCAGGACGGCUGCUUUACGCCAAGAUGAUCCAGAAGCUGGCCGACCUGCGUAGCCUCAACGAGGAGCACUCCAAACAGUACCGCUCGCUGUCCUUCCAGCCGGAGCACAGCCUGCAGCUCACCCCGCUGGUUUUGGAGGUUUUUGGCAGUGAAGUCUCUUAGAGCCUCUGAACCUCAGUGGUGGAGAGGAAGCUGGUGAUGAGAUGCGUAGGGGAAAAAAAAAAAGCAAGCAGGCAGGCAGCGAGCGGAGUAUGUGCUGGCUGGACUUAGUGGAGGUGUGGAGUGUAAAGCGUGUGCGCGUGCGUGUGUGUGCGUGCGUGCGUGUGCGUGCGUGUGCGUGUGUGUGCGUGCGUGUGUGUGUGUGGAAGUCCAUUUUGGGAUUAAGACCAAGGUUCUACAGAGAGAAGACAGAUGUUGAGUUAGGUAGUGCAUAAGCAACCUUCAUUCAAUACAAAUUGAACUAUACAUGUAUACAUCAAACAGUGUUUUUGUCUAUUCAAAUCAUCAAACUGCUGCUUGAAAUGCCAGGACAUUUGUGUGUGUGUACGUGCCGUGCACAUAUCAAAACAACAAGCAUACUCAGAGAUUACGUUAGCCAUUCAGUUGAGCUACCUCUUUGUUUUACAUCACAUAUGUGGAACAGUCACUUUAACAAUUUAGACUCCGCAAGGAUGACACUUUGGUUUAUCAGCGCAAAAGCAGUGCCUGCUCUUUUUUUUUUUUUUUAGGUUUAACUUUAUCGUGUCUUUCAUCUGCUUCUCUCCAUGCAGCAUAUGUAUACUCAAACACAUGCCUUUUGCCUUUCACCAAAGGUAUAGUCUACUACUUUCUCACGAAGCUUCCAGUAGCUAAAAAUAACCUUGCUUCUUCAUGGCCUGGUAUUACAAAUGCAGCCAACUCAACAUGCGUGCGAGUUUGUCCCACUAGCCACACAGCCUAUGAAGGAAACGCUCAUAUUUGAGGUUUAUACUGCAGUGCAGAACUUAGUCAGCUUUUUUGUGAGGUUUGGGUAGGACUUUGGGGUGCCUGGUUUUGAGGGGAGAAUUAGCCACUAAAUGUAUUAGCUACUUUUACACUGCUAACUGUCAAUCAAACCAAGCCAGCAUAUUGGCUUGUUACGCUCUUCUAAAAUUGUCUUUUCUUUUUUCUACACUUUUUGUUUAAUUUUUGUUUCCUUGUAAAUAGUUAAUUACUACCACGUGUAUCCUAAGCACUGUUAGCACCCCUUUUACUCAACCCUAUGUCUUAGUAUACAUAGUAUCUAUUAUCACAGAUUUUUAAGGGCUAAAAUGCCAAAUCUUAACUGGAAUAGUAAAAUGAGGCCAAAGCAAGGGGCCCAUCUUGUAAAUAAUAUAGCUGCAUACCAUACUUGGAAUUACAUAUGUAAUUGCAAUGGAUGUUUUCUUUUUGUUUGUUUCAUACGUCAUUUCACCGUUAAAAACAAUUCCAUGAAUUGUUCCUCCUUAGUACACGGCAAGCUCCAUGGGCGCAGAGCUUGGAAAGCUGCUUCAGACCUCCCGGAUAUCAAACUCCUUUUGUUUCUAACAGGGAAGUGGAUUCUAGAAUGUCGGAGAGCCUGGCCGAGAGUGAUUCGCACCUCGAGACCCGUGCCCUCCUGUUUAAUGAUGUAUGCUGCGCAGCCCUCUAGUGGUUGGAUUGUGUUGCUGUACGUAGGGCUACGUAGAUUUUUCUCACGGCAAAUUUAAAAUUAUAAGAAUUUUAUUAUAAGAAAAAGGGUUAUUGUGUAUAUGCAAAAUACAAUAUUUACCCUUUUUUUUAUUUAUCUAUGACGCUAUUCUUGUUUGUUUUGACUUUGAUCAUGUUUUAUGGGUAAGAAUUUGGCUUAAACAGGGAUUGCUUGUAUAUUUGACUAUUUGUUCAGUGGUGGCUUGAUAUAUUUGCUUAAUUUCCAAGGUUAACUUUUUAGAAACGCUGAUCUCUAAUAUAAGCCAUAUAGACUAUUAAGCUAGUUGUACACCUGAUACAUUACAGUGCGUCGUAAUGACCCCAGGGCCUUGGAUAUCCUCAUUAUAUAAUCUUUUAAACUUGUAUGCUUUUUAUCCAUGGCUCUUGGAAGAUGAUAAGCUUGUAUGUGAUAGGAGCUCGUAUGCCUUCUCUCUGCUGUCAAAGUGCUUUCAGUCAUCUUUGGCUUAGGCUUCAUCCUUAUGGCUUAUAAACCAAACUGCCAAGAGAAUUUUAAACGCUUCAGUUUAGGACCAUUAAUGUAUGACUUGCUGCAUGUGGAAUUAUGGUCAAAUGAAUUUGUAUUAAGACAAUUGCCCAAGGGUUUACUCAAAUUCUCCCAAAGUUCAGAUGUUUUCACUACAGCAUCUUGGCAUUAAAAAAAGUAAUUUGCAGAUAUGACGUGAGAGAAAAAUUAUGCUUGUCUUGUAUUUGCUGUUUGAUGGGAGAUCUCAGUCAAUACGGUUCCAAUAGUUCGCCAUAAGGCCUCAUGGGUAAAACCCGAGAGCAGACGAUGAUUACUGUGUGGUCCCAGAGGAAGUCGUUGGGAGAGAGCAUGUGUUUGUUGUCCUGCUGGAUGUGUGUGAAGUUGUGACUGUUUCCUUUUAUUUCUCUGCAACUGUGGCUUUAUUCCGACUCUUCAUCAGUCACGGUGGGACUCAAAAAGGAUCUGCGUAGAAGAGACGGACGAAUUGCUUUUAGAUGUUUGCAUAUUCACAUAAUCAUAAGGACAUCUAAUCGAUAUGCCCCACGAAUCCCCCAACUGUGAUUGAACUUUAAGGAGUUACAGAUUGAGUGUCUUUAGGCAUUACCACUCCUAUGUACAGGAUGUCAGUUUGAUGAGGGAUACGAUGUGCUUGGUUACUGAAUGCUGACUUUUGAAGAUUUUGAAAAGUUUCUACGUUGAUUUCCUCUGAAUACAUACAUUUUGUAUGUAGGUAUGGGUUUGAUUUAGUUCAGUAUCUUUUUUUCAGAUAGAGAUGCAGUGUUUAUUUCUGUAUGUAUUAUACCGCGGGAGGCUUGAUGAACCUUGUAAGUACCACAGGAAGAGUUCCCUCUCCAAAAGAACAGGGUAAAAGAGAAGAAGCUCUUGGGGCUUUGAAAACUGUACAGGAGGAGUGGCGGAUGCAUCAUAUAGCCGCUAAUUGAACAAGUAGAUUUUGGUCAGUACUUACUUUUAAUCUUAAUCGUGAGUGAACCCUCUUUUCCCCUUUUGUAUGACGAUGAUGUGAUUUAAAUGUUGGUUUAAUCACAUCACCAUUCCAUUUCCUAACCAACAUGCAGCACAUAACAUGCAAAUACAGUUAAAUCGAAAUAUGGUGCAUCCACAGCGUUUUCUGUCUUGUUUUAAAAGAAUCCGUAUUUUUUUAACUGCAUUGCGGUUGUUGAAAAUACUGGAAUUUGAAAAACGUACGUCAACUCCGAUGGAUCCAUCUUUGGGAGAUUUCCUCUAGAUUGGCAACAUAAAUCUGUUUUAGGACCUGCAAUACACAACUCAUGGUACACUAUCACCAGCAAGCUUUACUGUAUAUCAUAUUAGUAUCACUUUAUAACAAUUGCCAUUACAAAUCCUGUCAUUAAAAACAUGUAUGAGAUCAUUCAUUUAUAACCAUCUCCCACAUGAAGGCUUUCAAGUCUUUUCUCUUAUUUUUGUUCUUCCCAUUAGGACAGGGAUUGUAAUGGAAUCAACCUAAUUUAGCUCUUACAAAAAGGAGUGUUCACAAUGGAUGUACACCAUAAUUUACCUAAAAACCUACCUCUUUUAGCUCAGAUUUUGCUUUAGCAUUAAGCAUUUGCCUCUGUUUUUACUUUUUGUAAUAUUUGUAUGUUGGUAUUUAUUGCUGUCUAAUGAGUCAUACUUCAAUGAUUACCUCAGAGAUAUCUCACACAUUUGGGAGAAUCCAGCUAAUGAAGUCAUAGUUUUUGUUUUGUUUUUUGUACCCUUUUUUUCUUCUCUGACUUUUUUUUUUUUUCCACGCUCAAAAUACCAGGAGUGUUUUUAAUAUAGUGCCUUCACUCUGACCAACAGGGCUCAGACUGGCUAGAGUGAGGCUGUAUUUACUCUAAAAACAACAUCCUUCUCUACAUCUUUGUGUUUUGGAUAUCUUGGCAAUUUUUUGCAACCGACAAGAUUAAACGGAUUGCCGUGCUGCUGAUAUCGGCCGUAUCUUUAUAGUUCUUGAGUGCGAACUGGAGUGGAGGACUUUGUGGAGUGAAUGCAGUUGAAAAGAAGGAACCUGAAAGACUUUGAGGCAGUAGGAGAAGCGAGAGGUGUGUUUGCGCUCCACUAGGUACUUUUUAGCAUGGUUUCGGCUCUGUAGUACACUAUUGUUAUCUUAUCCCAAUUAUUUGUCCCUUCAUUUCCCCCUUACCCUCUCCGGGCCUCUCCUUCUGUCCUUACGUCUACUCCUGCACCUUCAUCAUUCCCUGCCAAUGGUUGGUCCUUUAAGGGGAAUUAGUAAAAGUUAAAGCCUCAAUAUCCAUGCAAUGCUGCUUUUUAACUUGAGCAUCACAAAGUUGUGUGUUAUUGACACCAAUUAAUGAAGGCAUCGUCCAAAAUGUCAGCCCCCUAGUGGGGCGACAAGCCUCGAGUCCAACACGCAACUUUCUAGUGCUUAUUGGGAAAAACAAAUCUUUUUUGAGAUCACAGUAUCAUAAUGACGGAGAAACUACUCACUUUAGUGUAUUCAUGUCAAACUGCUUCUGGUAAACACUGAAUGAAUAAGAUCCUUUUUAUUGAUCAGUGAAUACUGAGGAACAAUAUUGCCAUGGUCGCGGCUACCCUGAGCUGUGAGGCAUAAUUUAACCCUUUUUAUUCAUGGAGGGUCUUGAUUAAGCUUACCCCCGAUGUUCCCCAUCUUAAUUCAAAUGAGAGGGUUGCCUCUGAAAUUGGCCUCUUAGCACUUAGUUGGCCAUGUGUAUUAAUCUAUAACAGUAAAUUUGAAUUUGGCAUUUCAUUUGCACCCAUUACUGUGAACCCAAAUCAUGCCACUUUCAAUUAAAAUGCCCAAACCAACAAAAGCACUUAAUAUAAUGUUUGUAACACAUGCAUACUGAUCUGAAUUUAUUAGCCACAAACUGCCUGGGUAGAUCAGCAUGCAAUGGCCUCAAUUAUCUAAAAAUAAAGUCAAGUCACCUAAAUUCUAAUGUAAAUGCAAUUUAUGAUGUCUUUUAAAAAAAAAGAAUUUGAAGACCUUCUUUCUAUUAUCAAUUGGUGUUCAUGUAAUGUUAUUUUUGUCAGAUGUUUUGCAAAUCAAGAAUAAACCGUUGUACAUAACAGUG